GCGGGGGCGCGGACGCGGAUGAAUGGAGCGGGAGGCGGCUGCGAGCGGCCGCCAGAGCGCGGAGCGCGGCGCGGCGGCCGGACCUCGGGACGGACGAACCGGCCCCCGGAAUACCGUUCGGCGGCUUCCGUGGCCGCCCCCGGGACCCCCCCCCCGGCGGAGAUGCCUCAGCACUCGACGGGGGACAAGCCCCCGACGUCGUUGCCACAGCUGAUCCUCCCGAGCCCGCCCUCGGCCGCGGACGGCGGGAGCGGCCACAGCCCCCCCAGCAGGCGGGCGUCCCUCGGCUCGCCCCCCAGCCACGACGCCCUGGGCUCCUGCAGCCAGCCGCUGUGCCAGCCGCCGGCCGGGAAGCGUGACCCCCGGGCGGCCCCCGAGACGCGCCGCGUGGCUGCGGGGCCGCAGAGCACAGUGUGUGGCUGGCGGGCCUUCGCGCCCGAGUGCCUGCGGGCCUUCAACACGCCCAGGGCCUUCCUGCUCUUCCUGUGUGCGGCCGCCUUCCUGCAGGGCAUGACGGUGAACGGCUUCAUCAACACGGUCAUCACCUCCAUCGAGCGCCGCUACGACCUGCGCAGCUACCAGAGCGGCCUCAUCGCCAGCUCCUACGACGUGGCCGCCUGCCUGUGCCUCACCUUCGUCAGCUACUUCGGGGGCACCGGCCACAAGCCGCUCUGGCUGGGCCGGGGCGUGCUGGUCAUGGGCGCCGGCUCGCUGGUGUUCGCGCUGCCCCACUUCGCCGCGGGCGCCUACGAGGCGGAGGGCGCCGAGGGCCUGGGCGCGUGCCGGGCCAACCGCAGCCUGGCCUGCGGGGACCGCGCCUCCGGCCUGUCCGCCUACCGCCUGGUCUUCAUGCUGGGCCAGUUCCUGCACGGUGCGGGCGCCACGCCGCUCUACACGCUGGGCGUCACCUACCUGGACGAGAACGUCAAGUCCAGCCACUCGCCCGUCUACAUCGCCAUCUUCUACACGGCGGCCAUCCUCGGCCCCGCCGCUGGCUACCUGAUCGGAGGCACCCUGCUCAACAUUUACACAGAAGUAGGCCGACAGACGGAGCUGACCACCGAGAGCCCCCUGUGGGUCGGCGCCUGGUGGGUGGGCUUCCUGGGCGCGGGAGCCGCCGCCUUCCUCAUCGCCAUCCCCAUCCUCGGCUACCCCCGGCAGCUGCCAGGCUCCCGACACUACGUGGUCAUGAGAGCGUCGGAGACAUGCCGGCUGAAGGACAGAGGCCACGAGGCGGCCAGCAACCCCGACUUCGGGAAAACCAUCAGAGACCUGCCUCUCUCCAUCUGGCUCCUACUGAAAAACCCCACGUUCAUCUUGCUGUGCCUGGCAGGAGCCACCGAGGCCACACUCAUCACAGGCAUGUCCACGUUUGGCCCCAAGUUCCUGGAGUCCCAGUUCAGCCUGAGCGCCUCGGAAGCUGCCACCUUGUUCGGGUACCUGGUGGUGCCGGCCGGGGGUGGCGGCACCUUCCUGGGUGGCUUCUUCGUGAACAAGUUCAAGCUCCGUGGUGCGGGCAUCAUCAAGCUGUGCCUUUUCUGUGCCCUGACCAGCCUGCUGGCCAUCUUCGUGUUCUUCAUGCACUGUCCCAACGUGCCCGUGGCGGGUGUGACCGCCAGCUACCACGGCGGCCUCCUGCCCCAGGGCCGCCUGGAGCUGACCGCCGCCUGCAACGCGGCCUGCGGCUGCCGGCCCGAGCUCUACAGCCCCGUGUGCGGCUCCGACGGCCUCACGUACUUCUCGCCCUGCUACGCGGGCUGCCCGGAGGCAGCCGAACCCGGCCCCGGCGGCCAGAAGGUGAGCGUGGCCGCCGCCCCCCGUGCCGUCCGCGCCCCGGGAGGGCCCCUGCCCCUUCCUCCGGUAAUCCGCGCUGUUUGCGCCCCUCAGGUGUACCGAGACUGUAGCUGUGUCCCUCAGAAUUUUUCCUCUGGUUUUGGCCAUGCCACUGCAGGGAAAUGCACCUCAACUUGUCAAAGAAAGCCCCUCCUUCUGGUUUUCAUAUUCGUUGUAAUCAUAUUUACAUUCCUCAGCAGCAUUCCUGCGCUCACGGCAACGUUACGGUGUGUCUGUGACCGGCAGAGAUCGUUUGCGCUGGGAAUCCAGUGGAUUGUGGUUAGAACUCUAGGGGGCAUCCCGGGGCCCAUCGCCUUCGGCUGGGUGAUCGACAAGGCGUGCCUGCUCUGGCAGGACCAGUGUGGCCAGCAGGGCUCCUGCUUCGUGUACCAGAACUCGGCCAUGAGCCGCUACAUGCUCAUCGUGGGGCUGGUGUACAAGGUGCUGGGCUUGUUGUUCUUUGCCGCUGCCUGCCUCCUGUACAAGCAUCCGCUGGAGGCUCCCAAUGGCCUAGAAGCUUCUCUGCCCAGCCAGUCCUCGGCCUCCGACACCCCCAUGGACCUCCAGGACGCCCCCUCGGCCCUCCAGCUCCAGAGUGACGUCUGACCGCCCACCCGUCGGCCCAGAGACACGAGCCAGCUGCCUGGCACUUCCUGCGAGCACUGUCUGAUUUCUCCCCAGAAGGGCUGACCCCUCGCCGAUUGAUACCCCAGGGCUGAGGACCCUCCAAAAAUCUCUCCUAGGAUCCUGAGGGUACUAAGCUGGUGGGGGCCGCACGUCCGAGUCUCAGAGACGCCGAAGAGGAAGAACGCAAGGCAUGGGGGGACGCGGCGCGCCUCCCCCCUGGCCCCGGGGGAGAGUGUGACGGUCCCUCUGGCUCAGGAAGACCGAGGCCCCGCAGCCCAGCCCUUCUCACAGUCCGUGAACGGACAGAGCCGCGAGGCACUGGAUUUUGCCCGGGGGCCUCGAGAACCCCGGACGCGUCGACAGCUGUGAUUUUCAGUCUCUCUAUGCGAUCUGAGCUGCACUGUUACAGAAAGUCCAGAACCAGCUGCCGGCCGGUGUGAAGCUGGCAGCCGCCGGGGGUUCGGAAGUCACCGUUCUGUCCUGGAGACUGGAGAAGCGCCCGUCACUGCCUGUGGCGCGCACACGGGGCUCGUGUCGCUCCUGUUCAUCGUGACACCGUCGACACCGCGGGGUGGGAAUUACAAAGCCCUGAGCCCCGCCGGGGCGUGUCACCGGCCGUGCUCACGAACGGGCCUCAUUCGGCGCAUCUGGGGACCAGCCUGGCCCCGACUUCCUGUGUCUCUUCUGAUGCGGGGCAGCUGGAUGGGCGGCCGUCCCCAGGGGCACGGUCCCUGCUGCCCCCUCCCGUCCUCAGAGCUGCAGCGGGACGGGACGCGUCGCAAAAGCAGAUAUUUAUGGACCAAUAUUUUGCAGAACCUUAUUUAUAGAAUUUGUCUUUUACCUGCUCGUGUGGUGGGCAUAGCGGCCGGCUCAGCGGACAUUCGUGAACUCUGCCUGGAGGACACUGGGACUCCCAUGGAAUGUUCGCGGAUGUCCUCAGUCAAAAUUAUGUGUAAAUAAAUAUAUUUUGAUAUUUAAAGCAAA